UUAACAAAGCAAAAAAAAUAAAAAUGGAGUAUCACAGUUCAUUCAUGAUUUUACUUCUUGUAUCAACAAAUCUAUUACUUUGUGAAGCUCGCCAGUUUCGUGUUACGGAUCAAGUAUAUUUUGACAUAAAAACUGAAGAAAAAGAUCUAGGUCGCGUCGUAAUAGGUUUAUUUGGAGACUUAGCGCCUAAAGCGGUGAAAAACUUUAAAUCUCUGUCUACCACUGGCAUACAAGGGAAGUCUUAUAAGGGCACCUCUUUUAACCGCAUAAUUAAAAGGUUUAUGGUACAAGGUGGUGAUGUAGUAGCAGACGAUGGAACAGGUUCUAUAAGUAUAUAUGGAGAAACAUUUGAUGACGAGAAUUUGGAGACACAACAUACUGGCGCGGGGUUUGUCUCUAUGGCAAAUAAAGGUCCAAAUACAAAUGGCUGCCAGUUUCUUAUUACAACAGUUGGAACACCAUGGUUAGAUAACCUACAUACUGUGGUGGGAAAGGUUGUGGAAGGUCAGAAUAUAAUACACAUGGUGGAGCACACCCCUACGGAUGUUGAUGACAGGCCUACAGUGCGCGUGUACAUCGCUGACAGCGGGCUGGUGCCAACACCGCAACCAUACUACGUGUCUGACGACCCCUACGAUCUGUGGGCGUGGAUCAAAGCGUCAGCAGUGCCACUCACCAUGUCCUUCUCUAUCCUCGGCUUCUUUCAUUGGAUGAUGAGGAAAAUGGAGAUAUGAAUAACUAUGUACAAUUUAUGUUAUUACCCAGUCACUUAAAUAUAUCAAUUUUAUAAAGGAAGGCAAUCUAAAAUCACUCAAAAUAAAAGUUUUGAUUUAAUCAA